AUGCCGCGAAAUUAUAACUUCAAUAUAUCCAGUAUGUCGCGAUUAGCAUAUUUGUUGUUCGUUCUGUUAAAUGUUGUAUUAGUGAAUGAUAUAUACAUGCCUAAGGCUAGUUGUGAAACUCACUUAGAAUUAGCAUUGCCCAUAAGACGAUUAUGUGAGUCAGAAGCUAACCAAGUCGAUGCUAUAACAUUGAAAAAAUUACAAUCUCAAUAUAAAAAUAAAAGCUUAGGUUCUUUUCUUGAUUAUUUAUGUAAAUUAGAGGAUAUGCCAAUAUCAGCCAAAUUAAUGGCAUUAAAAAUAACUUUAGAGAAAAUUAUUUAUUCACACAUAAAAAAAAAAGACAUAGACUGUGUGCUUGAUGGUUUUAAUGAGCUACAAUCAGAAGAAUAUAAAAAAUUAUCUGCUAGAUUAAUAAAAAAACUUAAUGAAUUAUCCUCUCAUUAUGGAAUGUCAGAGAAGGAGACAAUGGAUUUGUGGUAUGAAUAUUAUGAAGAAAUUUCUCGUGAAAUUGAAGAAGCUGAUUAUUACUAUGAAAGAGGAUGCUCUUUAUACAUGAAGAAAAAAAAAGCAUCAGCUGCAGAUUUUGUUGAUUAUUUAUAUAGAUAUGUUAAAUUCUGGGUAAAAUCUAUAGAGAGAAAUGAACGGAAAUGGGUUGAAACCUUUACUGAGAGAACGAUAACUGAUUAA